AUGGAGCCUCAGAGGAAGCGCCUGAAGACCUCGGACCUGGACCUGGACUCGUGGGAUCCUGUGGCUGUCCUGUCGGACCAGCUGUGUACUGACGUGGAGCUGGUCCAGGCCUUGGCGGCGCCGGUCCUGGACCAUCGGCAGACGUCCAGAGCGGUGCAGGAGCUGAGGCAGAUGCACCCGCUCAGAGGCCUGGCUCACCUGAAGAGAGUGCGACGGACCGGAGCGGGCUCGGCCCACGCUCUGGAGGUUCUGGUGCGACCGCUCCACGAACCCUCUGACUACGACUAUUCUCGUCUGGGACUCGGCGAUCUCUUCGUGGUCACGGUCCCCAGCACGGCGCCGCUCACUCGGCCUCAGUUCGACACGGCGAGCGCUCACUGGCCCACGUCUUUCCACGAGGACAAGAUGGCGUCCGCCGCGCUGAGAGGCGAGCUGUUCCCCGCGGGGCAGAAGGAGAAAAUGCACAGAUACAUGUCGCUCGCCGUUGAGGCGGCGAAAGACGGGCAGAAGCUGGGACUGGACGCCAUCGGAGCCGUCAUGGUGGACCCAGACUCGGAGCAAGUCAUCGCCACGGCUCACGACUGCCGCAGGAAGCACCCUCUUCAUCACGCCGCCAUGGUCUGCAUCGACCUGGUGGCCAAGAGUCAAGGCGGCGGUCGCUAUGGUUACGAGGAGUUCUCAGGGUGUGGCUUCUCGGCCUCUCAUUGGUCGGCAGUGCAGCCGUACCUUUGUACCGGGUACGACCUGUACGUGACCAGAGAGCCCUGUGUGCUCUGCGCCAUGGCGCUGCUCCACUCCAGGGUACGCAGGGUCUUCUACGGCACGGCGGCGGCAGACGGCGCCCUGGGAAGCACGUUUAAACUCCACGCCCAGAGAGACUUGAAUCACAGGUUUGAGGUUUUUAAAGAUGUCUGUGUCGGACUGUGCCGAGAGCUGGACCAGAGCAGGUCCCUGUGA